UUUUUGGUAUUGAUGAACAUCCAAUAUUUCAAAAUGAAGUCUUUCAUUCAAAUGUUAAGUUUAUCAUUGAUUCAUCAUUCUGUCUCGUGUGUUUGGAAAGACUUUCUUUCUUUUUGUUUUUCUGGUUUUUCGGUUGGUUGUGGUUGAAAAAAAAGAUGGAACAUCAUAACGUUUCCAGUAUUAUAAUUGGAAAAAAUAAUAAAAUGAUAAAAUUUCGUGUUCGUCAAAUGACCAUCAAUGAUGUUAAUACUGUAUUGGAAAUUUGGGCUAAAAAUAAUCUUCAUGAAGGUACGCAAACAAUACAAUCAUUUAUGAUACAAGAUCCUGAAGGUUUUAUUGUUGCCGAACAAAUCUUCGAUGAUGAUGAAGACGAAAAACCAAAAAAUGAUGGUGAAACAAUGACCAACAAUGGCGAAAAUGAUCAAAAUUCGACUCCGGUUAUUGGAAUGUGUGUCGGAAUAUUCGUACAUCCGACUAUAGCUUUUAUCGGUUUGUAUGGUGUUCAACCGGAACUUCAUGGUCAUGGCAUAGGAAUAGCAAUGUGGAAACGAAUGAUGGAUCAUAUUGGAUCAUUGAAUGCUGGUCUUUAUGCUGUACCUGAACAUUUAACUAUGUAUCGUGAUCGUGCUGGAUUUCAAAAUCCUGAUGAUCGUAUGUUGAUCAUUUAUGAAUCUGAUCAGGAUGAUCAUUUGAAUGUUGAUAUUUUGGUCAAUUCUAUACCGGAAACAAAAAUUCAUUUGAUCACCACCGAAUGGUAUAAUAAAGUGAUUGAUUAUGAUGCACAUGUUCAUGGUUAUAUUCGUGCCAAACUUUUACCUCAUGUAUUUAAUGAGGAAGGUUCGGCAGCAUUUGUGGCUUCGAAUAUGACUGGCGAAAAAAUUUUCGGCUAUGGUUGUAUUCGUACGAAUAACAUUGGUAAAGCAAUGAUAGGUCCAUUAUAUGCUGAUAAUGAUGCUAUAGCUGAAUUAUUAAUGCAUUAUCUGUUUGGUCGAUUAUCUACACAAUUUGCAAAAGGCCUUUUAUAUAUGACAUUGGAUUCAAAUCCGGGUGGUGAACGUAUUGCUGAAAAACUUGCACUAAAACAACAGGAAAAAAUUCAAAGAUUUUUUCGUGGUCAACCAUAUGAUGGAGCUGAUUGGGAUCGUGUUUAUUGUAUUCAUUCACCUAAUUUUUCUUUACUAUAAAACUUUUUAUUUAAUCCUUUCUUUUCAAAUAUCAGAAUUUUCUAUAGUAAUGUCCAAACUAGACAGAUGG